UCAUAGCACCAAUCACAGCCGAACUUCAAAGGCGGGACGCAACAUUACCGCCGGGAGGCCCCUGGGGGCCCCGAGGGUCUUAUAUCUGGAUCCUGACGGAUCCGGAGACCUCCCACUCUGACCAUGGACGCGCGCGCGCUGUCGGACUUCAGCAUCGAGCACCUCCUCUCCCCGGAAGUCGGAUCCCGGCCGCAGGUGGAGGACACCUGUCUGGAGGGGCCCCUUAGACCGACCCCUGGCGGCCCCUGCCCGUGGGCCCCCGCGCCGGUCCCAAUGCUGGUUCCGGUGCCGGUCUGCCUGCAGUAUCGGGGCUUCACCAUGGACCGGUUCUGCCCGUGCAGAGCCGGUCUCCAUCAUCCGAACUUCCCUGGAUUCAUUCCAAGCUGCGCGCUUUUCCAGCACUUCGUUCAGAACCGCGCAGAAGCCCCCCACCACAGCCAGGAACCACAGCAGCCGCGCCAGAAGGCCCGCAUGCGCACUGUCUUCACCGAGGCGCAGAGCCGCCAGCUGGAGGCGCUGUUCCAGGUCACCGACUACCCCACCGCGGAGGCACGCGCUGAGCUGAGCGCGCGCACGGGGCUGACCGAGGAGACCAUCAGGGUCUGGUUCAAGAACCGCAGAGCCCGGAGGAAGAGGCAGCGCAGCGCUUCCAAGGUCCGGUCUCAACGUCCCUCCAGCAUCUCCUCAAUCAGGUGAGGAGGUGUCCAGCCCUGAACCGAGCACGCCUGCAGCGCGGCGCCGUCCUGCCGCAGGGACUCUCUCCUCAGCUGGCAGAGUUCUGCUCAGCAGCACUUCGGCAGGGAGUCAGUUCUCGAAGGAUUCUCCUGCCUGAACGAUAAACGUGCCGACCAAAGACGCUGGGAUGAGCCUGACCCAGAUCGGGGCGAGGUUGGGAACGUCCGUCCACAUCAGGACAAAAACACCUGGGCGGGUCUGCAGAAUGUGGGACUCAAACCGGGAGGAGACCAUGAGGAGGUCCGGUCUCCCUGGACAGCAAACGUGUUUGGGACCAAAGAACUUCAUGGAGAACACUUUCCCAUCCUAACUGGAGUAAAGCUUGACAGUAAUAGAUUACCCAGAACACGUGAGACCAUAGGGAGGGGCUUUCAUGUACGAUGACUCAGCAGAUUUCUCUGCUGGAACGUCUCCUUCCUGUUUAUGUCAGCAGAUGUGGAAGCCAGACCUGAAAACGUGACCUAAAGAGAUAUGCAACAAGCUCCUCCCACAACCUGUCAAUCAUUUCACUUUGUGCUGAACGGCUUUGAUUGCCGACUCAGGAACAAUAAAGAUUCAUCUGUUUC